UCCCGUGAUGUUGGCGUUAGUUGUGUGUUAAAACUUUCAGAAAGUGGGUGUGUCUGUAGUCUGAAGAAAAUGUAUGUUAUAGGUUGACAGAAACGGAGUUAAUUUCUUAUUUGCAAAGGAAGGGUGAUUUAAUUCGCCACUACUGUGAGAUUAUAUAAAGGAGCCAACGAGGUGAUCCGAACGAAGGGGGGAGAAGAGAAGGAAGAAAAGGAGAGAAAAAUACGAUGCCAGAACGGAAGAUAAAUGAUAAUAACAGCAUCAAGUAUAAUGCUGGACCUGUGCAGUAUGUCUCCAUCCCUAUAGUUGAUACCAAUAGUCCCAAGAAAGUGGCACAGGACGUGACCCUCCGCGAUGCAGUCGUCAGGAAGGACUAUAACUUGUGCGUCAAACUGCUGGAGGAGGGAGCCGACGUCACGGCCACGGACGAGGACGAGUCGUCCCUCCUGCACCUCCUGGCCCGAAAGUACUCCAAGGUGGAAACCCGAGCGCAGAAGAUCCCGGCGCUCCUGCUGCAACACGGGGCGAACAUCAACGCCAAGGACAAGAACGGGGACACGCCCCUCCACGUCGUCGCGAGAGAAGGGUCCGAGGACUUCUGCCGCGUCAUCCUGGACCACAUGACCCGCAAUUCCAAGGUCAAAGUGAACACCAAGAACAAGAAGCUGAUGGCGCCCCUGCAUCUGGCGUCGCAGGAGGGCCACGACAGAAUAGUCCAGCUCCUCCUGGACGUGGAAGCCGACCCUCUGUCCACGGACGGCCAGAAAUACCUCCCCAUCCACCACGCCGCGGAGAAGGGCUACGCCACGUGCUGCAAGUUGCUCUUCCCUUCAUACCCAGGCGAUGCCAAGAUGGAGUCUAAGGUAUUGACGCCUCUGAUGUUAGCCGCCAGAGGUGGGUUUUACAGGUGCCUCGAAGUGAUGACAGGUGAAAAGAUCGACUUGAACAAGCAGGACCGACAGGGCAACACUGCGCUACACAUAGCUGCAAAAUCAGGCUUUGAUAAAUUCGUGAAACAGAUCAUUGAAUUAGAGAGCAACAUCAACAUCAAAAACAAAGCAGGGAACACGCCGCUUAUGGAAGCCGCAACGAAAAAUCGUGCAAGUUGCCUGUUGAUGUUGUUGCACAAGGGAGCCAAGGUGGACGAAGUGAACAAGGCGAAGAGGAGUGUUCUGCACAUUGCCUCGGAUAGGAGAUCUGGCGAAUGCAUGGAGUAUAUUCUGAAAAAUGGUAACAUGAAGAAGGUGAUUAACCUCCAGGAUAGCGAUGGUUGCACAGCACUCCACAUUGCAAUCAAGAGAGACUACGAGAAAUGCGCCCUCUUGCUCCUCGACGCAGGAGCCUCGCCCGAAGUGGCUUGCAAGCAGAAAUUCACCGCGCUCCACCUGGCCACGCAGAACACGAAGACGAAUGUCCUGGAAGGCCUUCUGAAGAUCAAAGGCUUGGACCUGGACCCCGAGAACCUAAACAAGGAGACACCCUUCCACCUGGCUGCCAAGAGCGGCCUGAGAGAUACGUGCCUCCUGCUCCUGAGGAAGGGUGCUCGCCUGAACGCCGCCAACAAGCAGGGCCAAACGGCUCUCCAUCUCAGCGCUUACCACGGACAUCAUUCUGUCGCAAAAUUACUGAUCAAAAGAGGAAUCGACAAACGCGCGACAGACGACAAGGGUUCCGUCGCGCUCCAUGCAGCUGCGUGUAAGGGUAAUCUCGAAUGCUGCAGAGUGCUCGUGGAGGCCGACAGGGUGAGCGGGAAGGAGAAAAACAAACGGGACAGGUAUCCCUUCGAUUAUGCCUUCAAUAAUGGCCACCAAAAAGUAUUCCAGUUCCUGUUGCAGAGUCUGCCGUUCAAGGGCUUCGCCACCCUACCUCAGGGAAUACAGGAGAAGCUUCACUCACACACUCACAAGGCGCUAAAAGAACGUAACAAAUCAGCUGUUGAAACGAUCGUGGAGAGCAUGUGGUGGGAAGCGGGUUUCGGUUCCACCAAGAGGCACGAAGAGCAGCCUUGUAGUAACUUCAGGGAACUUAUCAAACUUUACCCUUCAAUAGCCGAGAAAGUGAUGAACAAGUGCACAACCACUUGCCCAACAACGAGGUUCAAGUCCUACGAUUUCAGAAUAUUCGAGGACAACUACUUCAUCAGGCGAGAAAAGAAGAAGAGUGGCUUGGAUUUACCCCAAAGCCCUUUCUACCAAGACUCGUGGAGGGUCAUGCCCUUUGCGGAAGAAAUGGUCACCGACAACCUCCUCUGGAAGAAGGAACACCCCGUAAACCUCAUGGUUGUGCACCGCUGUCCCCAGCUCCUGCAGCACCCACUGACCAAGGCCUGGCUCAGACACAAGUGGAAGUCCUAUGUGCGGUUUAUUUACAUGGGGACGCUUUUUCUGCAGCUGUUCUUCAUGGCGGCUCUGGUUGCCUUCAUGGUCGUGGUGUGGAACUGGCAACAGAUAGAACAAACCCAAAACUUGACAGAAGAUGAGUUCUGCAGAGUUAAUCAAAAACCUGACGAGCUCACGACUGCUGUGAACUCUACUUCCUCAGUCCAAGAAGCCAAUGCAACUUCUCUUCGACCUCUUGACGUAGGAGAAGCUAAUGCAACCUCUCCUCGGCCUCCUGACGUGGCAGAAGGAGUUGACAGCUGGGAUUCCUCGCAGUCCCAUUUCUGUCAUGCGGUGCUCUGUAUCUCACUCAUCUUUCAGAUCGUUCUGGAGGCCAAUUACAUCCGGAAGUUACGCUGCCAGUACGUAAACAUCACAUCUCUGGUUUCCUUCAUGUGCAUAAUCCUGUGUGUUGUGCUUCUGCUGCCAACGUCCGUCUGCAGUCUACAGCAUGGAAUCAAAUCGGUCCCCAUUUGGCAGUGUGGUAUCAUAGCUUUAGUCUUGGCCUCCUUCCGCCUCAUCAGCACCAUCAACCGACUCCCUGCUUUCUCCGUAUUCACAUCAAUAACUCAGAGUUUCAUCAUGAGUUACCUGAAGGGCGUGAUGUAUGUCUUGGCCAUCAUCUUCCUCUUCGCCCUCAUUUUUCACCUCCUCCUCUCCAAUCAGCUGUCUUUCGUCACGCUUCCCCAGGCACUAGUGAAGAUGGUCGUGUGGAUGCUGGGAGACCUUGGCUACGAUGACACCUUUAUAAAUAACACUCUGAAUUAUCCGUACCUCGUCAACUGCCUUUUCCUCGUCUUCCUCUUCACGAUCGCGGAGUGUUCCGUCACCUUGCUCAAAGCGCCCUCGACCGAUAUUAACAAAAUCAAGUUUUACCGCAUGGCGAGGCAAGCUCAGAUGUACUUCACGAUUGACAUUAGUUUCCCGAGCUUCAAGAGGUCCCACGCGAUUGGGAAGUUUUGCGACAAGGAACACAAGUUCUGGAUCGUCUCCAAGCUCGAGAAAAUAUUGAAGCGUAGGCAGCCAGGAGCCGUGGUUGUGCAGAACCUCUUAAAUGUAGUGAAAAUAGGGCUUAUAGACGAUCGCGAGUACAGGAAGCCAAUGGAAAGGCACUGGCUGGUGGUUAAAGUCGAGGAUGUGUUGAACAUGUUUACGUCAGAGACAGAGGAAGAUGACUCCCAGCGUUUCCCAGACGUCGCUCAGGAGCAUAUUGCUAAUCAGAGUGAAAAGUUGGAUCAGUUAUUAGUGCUGUAUAAUCAGUUACAUGAAAGCUAUCAGAAACAGAAUGAACAAAUGAAUGAGCUAAGAAAUCAGAUAGACAGUUUAAAGCUCCACACAUUCUAA